AUGCCUCAGCCCAACACCACGUUGCAGAUCGGGCCGGCACUACAAAGACGGAAAUGCCACUGCCGUCUCACAGCGAGCGAGUGUCACGACACGGACGAGACGGAUGGCAUUGUUUUCUCAUUUCCCUCAUUAUCAGCAUCGCUGUGUGCGUCAACAUUGUCACGUGUGCGCCGGCUUUCACCAGUGGGCACCGUCACGUUGAAUGCGGAAGAGAAACUCACUCUUCUACUCGCGAUGCAUUACAUCGUUUUUGUUGUUGCUCCCACGCGAUGGGGCGUGACGGGGCCGGCAGUGCUGCAGCGUUACGUCUUCGGUCCGCCGUACGCCGUGCGUAAGUGUGUGCAUCGCCGCUACCCGAUUCCGGCCGUCUGCGCUGCCGCUGGGCAUUGUGCCCGCAUAGAGAUGCAGGCCGUGCUGGCGCAGCUGUACGGCGUUCUCGUCGUCCGCGACGAGUGGGACUGCUUUGACGCCUUCUCGUUGGAGUUCGUGCUGGUGUUCCAGUGCCUUGACUCAUUCAUCCGUCUACAGGAAGGCAGUGGCGUAGCGCUGCCGCCGGCAGACCACACUGCUUCUACUCGCCGGGCACUGCGGGUGUUGUUUUCUCGUCUCAAGGAGGAUCUUUACGAGAAGGUAGGCAGCGCUUUGCACUGA